CUCAAUUACUUGUUAAAUCCUCUGUUCCUAGAGUUCUAUCACUAUACCCCUCAUAGGCAAUAUGGCAUUAGCUAACAGCUCUAUCCAGGCAUUCGCCAACGUCGCUCUCCUCUUCGCCGUGCAAAUACUGAUACCCGCGGGUUUGAUCGUCGUGACCCCCAAAUACUCAUGGCUGCGAUAUUUCGGGAUGGCGUGUAUCGGCUUCUCUGCCUAUCUGAUAUUCCAGCUGGCGCCGACCCUUUCCAACAGUAUCUUCCAUAAUAGCUUCUUGGCCUGCGAAGGAAUCCUCGUGGUUGCGCACUGUGCAAACCUGCUGCUCAUCCUCCAGGAUGGCGGCAUCACCUGGAGCGACCUACGACGCCACGGCGAGGAGGCGGGGGCAAAGUUCCAUCCUUCGUCCGAUGACACACCUUUCGUGCGCAAGCUGGUGCGCGCAGCUCGCCUGGUCAUUAGUCUCCGGGGCGUGGACACGGUGUGGGAGACCAAGAAUAUCCCGCCGCACCCCUCCUCGCUCGGCCGCGGCGGCGGCAGCCGCGCGAGGUUCCUGAUCCGCCAGGGGUCCAUCUUGGCCUGGCAGUACCUGUUCCUCGACGUCAUGCUCGAGGUCACCAUGCACGAGCCCCCCGAGAACAUGGACAAGUUCUACCGCCCCGGGAUGGAGUACGAGUAUUUGAAUUUGACGGGAGAGCAAUGGUUCAUCAGGGCGUUUACGCCCUUUGUUUCCUGGUUCGUGGUCAGUCGCUUGCUCCUCGACUCGACUUGGCGCGCCCUCUCCAUCCUGUCUGUGGCAUCAGGCCUGGGCAGUCCUCAAAGCUGGCGGCCGCUUUUUGGGAGCAUGUGGGACGCGUACACGCUGCGUAAAUUCUGGGGCAAUUUCUGGCAUCAAAUACUGCGCUGGCCAUUUACUUCCAACACGAACUUUCUGACCCGUCAGAUCCUGAAACUACCGGUUCCCUCCCUCUUGGAGCGCUAUACCAACAACUUCCUCGUGUUCCUUUUGUCUGGCAUCCUGCACGCUGUUUCGGCCAACAUCAUGCGUCUAUCGGCAGUGGAGUCUGGCGCGAUCCCCUACUUCUCCUCCUUCGCUCUGGGUAUGAUGCUCGAGGAUGGAGUGCAGGCCUUUUACAACAAACUUCACGCUACCAAGUCGGAUAAAGCAAGGAAAAUUGCCAUCUGGGAGAAGGUGUUAGGGUUUAGCUGGGUAGUGUUCUGGAUGUCCCUGACUUCUCCUUGGUACAUGUUCCCAUCGCGCCGUAUCGUCGCAGGUGAAGCGGCGUGGGUCCUGCCAUUCAACCUGACUAGGGAAAUUGGUAUGCCUAUGAUGUGGGGACUGUUGGGAGCCUCUGGGCUAUUCGUGAAAUGGGUAUUUGCGACUUCCUUGUAGUCAUGCACACCAUGUGUCUGGAUACCCGAAGUCUAAUUGGUUGUUAAUCUGAUAUAGUUUAGUUCAGUAUCUCAACAACUAUAAUUUCGAGUAUAGAUCGCUUCUGCUUAGAGCUCUAGAGAGG